CUUUCAAUACUCAUCCUCUCUACCAAGAAUCAGAAUUCCCUGUGUAUUAAGUAGUGUAACAUGUGUCAUCUCCAGACUCCAAUCCAUCCUACUACUUCUUCCCUUUCCUUAUCUCUGUGGUGACCGGUGAGUAGCUGAAUUUUGCCUGUAUAUGUUGCAUAACGUGCACACAAAGUGCAAAGAAAAUAUUUUAAGCUUACCUUCUCAAGCCAACCCAACCUAUCCAAGAAACUUCCUGUACAAUAUUAAUUGUUCCCACCGUCACUUUUGUCCAUUUCUUCUUCAACCUUAUUAUUCACACCUUUAAAACUAAGAUAACUAACAUUCUUUCCUCCAUAUAAUACCCUGCAAUUCUUUCUGAAUCCUCAUCAAAAACAUCUCCUUAUGCUGUCUAAAACCUUUCAACCAUGGUUGUCACUCUAAUUUUCUUUCUUCUAACCCAUCACUUUGUGAACUCAGAACCAAUUAGCAGAGAUGAUUUUCCAGCUGGGUUCGUUUUUGGAACUGCUUCUUCUGCUUUCCAGUUUGAAGGGGCUGUGAAUGAAGGAAAUAAGGGAGCUAGCAUAUGGGAUACUUUUUCAAGGGAACCAGGAAGAAUUUUAGAUUUCAGCAAUGCAGACAUGGCUGUUGAUCAGUAUCACCGUUUUAAGAGUGAUGUAGACUUGAUGAAGGAUUUGGGCAUGGAUGCUUAUAGAUUCUCAAUAUCAUGGUCAAGAAUCUUUCCGAAUGGAACAGGAGAACCUAAUGCAGAAGGAAUAAACUACUACAACUGCCUCAUAAAUGCUUUACUGGAAAAAGGAAUCCAGCCUUAUGUAACUCUAUAUCACUGGGAUCUUCCACAGACACUUGAAGAUAAAUAUGAAGGAUGGUUGAACAAACAGAUAGUAAAAGACUUUGAAUAUUACGCCUUCACCUGCUUCAAAGUUUUUGGAGAUAGAGUAAAGCGCUGGAUCACCUUCAAUGAACCUCGUGGUUUCUCAAUCCAAGGUUACGACUUAGGUAUUCAAGCUCCUGGGAGAUGUUCAAUUCUUGGUCGUCUGUUCUGUAAGAAGGGAAAAUCAUCCACUGAACCAUACAUUGUCGCUCACAACAUCCUGUUGUCUCAUGCUGCUGCUUAUCAUAGUUACCAGCUGCAUUUUAAGGAAGGACAAGGAGGCCAAAUAGGAAUAGCAUUAGAUGCCAAAUGGUAUGAACCCAUAUCCGAUACUGAUGAGGAUAGAGAUGCAGCAUACAGAUCAAUAGAUUUUGGGCUUGGAUGGUUCCUUGAUCCACUUCUGCUUGGUGAGUACCCUCUUUCAAUGAAGAAGUUUGUUGGUAAGAGAUUACCAGAGAUUUCACCUGCAACCUCAAAAUUCCUGCUGGGAUCCUUUGACUUUCUUGGCAUAAAUCACUAUACCACAUUGUAUGCCCGGAACGACAGGGCUCAGAUUAGAAAAUUGAUAUUGAAGGAUGCUAUAGCUGAUGCUGCUGUCAUUACAACCCGUAAGAUGUCAAGUCACAAUCUCCUAAAUCUAACAUUUGUGUCUCUGUGUGUGUAUAUCACAAUUUUGACUAACAAUCUACACAUGUCCUCUAUUGUAGCAUACCGAGGUGGAGUUGCCAUUGGAGAAAGAGCAGCUUCCCGUUGGAUACGCAUAGUUCCAUGGGGCAUCCGAAAGUUGGCAAAUUAUGUGAAAGAUAAGUAUGGGAACCCUCCAGUUAUUAUAACAGAAAAUGGUAUGGAUGAUCCAAAUAAACCUUCUAUAGCUUUAGACAAGGCUUUACAGGAUGAUAAGAGGAUAAGAUUCCACCAAGACUAUCUUUCAAACCUAUCUGCUGCUAUAAGGCAAGAUGACUGCAAUAUACAUGGAUAUUUUGUCUGGUCCUUGCUUGACAACUGGGAAUGGAACUUGGGAUUUUCAGUACGCUUUGGACUCUAUUAUGUGGAUUACAAGAACAACCUUACAAGAAUUCCAAAAGAUUCUGUAAAAUGGUUUAGAAGUAUCCUCAGAGUAAAUGGUGAACUAAACAAUCAGAUUUAAGUUAUUGUUCUCACACACCAUAUGACACACAAGUUGUACCAUGCAUUAAAAGGUACAAAAGGAAAAUUCAAUGAAAGGAAAAGAGAAAAAUUCGUUGAAGACACAUAUUAGUGAAGCAUUCCUUUUUAUCUAUCCUGGUACCAAUUCAAUUUAUUGCAAAAGAACCCACUAAUAUCAUUUUGAUGCAUGAACAACAUCACCAUAUAAAUUAUUGAAAAGGAUUAUUAAUAACAUCAUUGACAUCUUCCAUACAAACAAACAGAAUUUUCAGCACGUUACCCAACUUGUCAGCCCAAAAAAAAAAAAUCUAAAAUGGUGGCUUCCCACCUGAAA